AUGACCACCCCUGUUCUUACAAGUGUGGUUCCAGGUGCAGGGCCCCUGCAUUCUUCAGCCUACUUUGUCCGUCUCUACUUACCAGUAAAGUUCCAGGCUUCCCCUCCUGUUCCUCUCCCAGAACUGAACCUCCACCCAGACAGAUGGCCAGGCCACUGCAUUGCAGUGAGGAGCUUCUCAGGUUAUGCACGGGACAAGAAUGUGGUUGAGGAAGCUGAGAAGCUUGCCAUGAGCUUGAGCCGGUCGCCCUGGGCUAACUCCACAAAGUACCCUAGUAAGAACGCGUACUCGAUUGCACAGUACAGUAGUCCAUUCCGCUUCAUCGGCCGUGUCAAUGAGGUGUGGUUUGAUGUCGACUGCGAGUCUACUGGUGUGGAGACGUACUGA